AUGGCGGAAUGGAUCGAGUAUCUCGUUCUUGAACUUCCAAAGGGGGCAAAAUACAAAUUGCCCUCUUCAGUUUUCACAAGUUCAAAGAUGAGGCAUUUGACUCUUCACUAUUGUGUAAUCAAUCCUCCACCUACCUUUCAAGCAUUUAGUAAGCUUCUUCGCUUGCAAUUGUUUAACGUUUCAAUUUAUGAAAAAUCUCUUGAGAAUUUAAUUUCUCAUUGCCCAUGGCUUGAGGACAUGGAGCUGGAUACUUCAAACCCUUUGAACCAUAUUGAAGUUAUGGCUCCUAAACUAAGAUUCUUGAACUUUGGAAGCAAAAUAAUAUCUAUAUGUUUCAAGAAUACCCCUCUUCUUGCUGAUGUGUCAAUUGUGGCGGAUGUCGUAAAUCACGAUUCUAUGAAAUUAAUUGUGGCGGAUGACGUAGACCAUGGUUCUAUGGAAUUAAUUGUGGCAGACGAUGUAAAUGAUGGUUCUGUGGAGAGAGGAAUAAGUAAUCUUGUUGAGUUUUUUGGUUCCUUGCCUGUUGUAACGAAUCUCCGUUUGGGUCAUAUUAUUAUCAAGACCCUGAUUGCAGGAAUAGAUGAAAUUUCGGUGAAGCUUCCCAUGCCUCUUCUCAAUCUAAGAAAGAUUUACCUAUUUGAAAUUUGUCUAAGAGAACUUGAUGAAAUUCAUUGUCUUCUUUGCUUGAUUAAAAGCUCCCCAUAUUUGGAAGAAAUUGUCAUUAUUAAUCAGGCAAUUAAUAACAAACGAGGAGAUGAUCUUACUGCUCUUGAAAUUUUAGAAUCUGAAUAUGAUUCUGGCAUCAAGUUGAAUCAGCUUACCAAAGUUAAAUUGUUAGAUAUUAGGGGCACAAAGGUUGAGAAGAAAUUGAUCAAGCUUCUGUGUGCCAUGUCUCUGAUGUUGGAAAAAAUGUUGAUCUCGACAUACUACAUAGGGCCUGAAUUUCCUCAAACAUUAGCUGAGAUUAUACAAGAGGCCAACACAUUUAAGAGAACAUCACCUGGAGCAAUAGUCAAUAUUAAUAUUUAA